AUGGGUUGUUGCGUUUCGGCUGACAGACAUGCUGAUUUCGAAGAACGAAGAAAACGACGGCAAUCGUCGGUAGGAGUUGGAAUGGGCGUUGCAAUGAUGAUGCAACAAGCGGGCGCUAUGGUAGGAGCAGGUCCACCGGCCGUAGAUCUUUCCACAAUUAACGCGCAAAUACGAAAGGCUAAGGCUGAAGGAAGGACGGUGACUAUGGUGAAUGGUGCGCUAUAUUUUGACUAUCAACUGGUCGCAAGAAUUCCACCUCAUUUCGAUAUUCAUGUCUGA